ACAGCUGUUGUCUGGUCAACACGCAGACUACACGUCAAAGGCAUGUUUUGGUCGAAUGCCUCUAUAAAAUUCCAUUACAGCUAUCGAUCUUACCGCUGCUGUCUUACGUUAGCUUUCAACAGAGCAUUUGGCUGCAGCUUAUCCCAAGCGACUGACGUGAAGAUGAACGAUCCCGUGGAGAAUGCCAAGCGACUAGCCGCCUUCAAAGCGGUGGACAAUCACGUGGUGGAUGGUGUCAUUGGCAUUGGGAGUGGAUCAACAGUGGUCUAUGCUGUUGAACGUCUAGCACAAAAAGUCAAGGACGAGGGGCUGGAAGUCAUUUGUGUCCCAUCAUCUUUCCAAGCAAAGCAGUUGAUCAUACAACAUGGUUUAAAGUUGGGAGAUUUGGAGAUGAACCCUAAUCUGAAAGUCACAAUUGAUGGGGCUGAUGAAUCUGACCACAUGCUGACUCUUAUCAAAGGAGGUGGUGGCUGUCUAACCCAGGAAAAAAUUCUGGCCAGUUGUGCAGAAGAAUUUGUAGUCAUUGCAGAUUACAGGAAAGCCUCUACACAUCUGGGUGAACAGUGGAGCAAAGGCAUUCCAAUUGAAGUCAUUCCUAGUGCUUACCGUGUUGUUUAUCAGAAGAUUGAGAAAAUGCUUGGUGGAAAAUCAGAUCUGAGGAUGUCUGGAAGUUCAAAAGCUGGUCCUGUUGUUACAGACAAUGGCAACUUUAUACUUGACUGGAAUUUCGAGGGUGUAAAAGAUUGGAAAGAGGUGGAAAUCACUCUGAACAUGAUUCCGGGAGUUGUGGAAAAUGGACUUUUUGUAGGAAUGGCAAGAAAAGCUUAUUUCGGUAUGAGCGAUGGUACAGUGAUGGAACGGAACGUCUGAAUUGAUAAGUACUUAAAAACUUGUGUAUUGUGUAAUCACUCUCAAAUAAAAAAAAAAUGAACACAUAGAAAACCUA